CGCGGGCGGCCCCGUUCGGCCCCCGGCAGCUGCGGCGAGCCCAGAGCAGCGGCCCCCGCUGCCACGGGGCUGCAGAGCUGCCGGCGCGGCGAGGAGCGCCCCGGGGACGCGGCACCACCGGUGCCAGGCGCUGCCGGCCGCCAUGGGGGAACAACCCAUCUUCAGCACCCGAGCUCAUGUCUUCCAGAUUGACCCAAACACUAAGAAGAACUGGGUUCCCACCAGCAAGCAUGCUGUUACUGUGUCCUACUUCUAUGACAGCACAAGAAAUGUCUACAGGAUAAUCAGUUUGGAUGGCUCAAAGGCAAUAAUAAACAGCACCAUCACCCCCAACAUGACAUUUACUAAAACAUCUCAGAAGUUUGGCCAGUGGGCAGACAGCAGGGCAAAUACAGUCUAUGGCUUGGGAUUUUCAUCUGAACAUCACCUUUCAAAAUUUGCUGAAAAAUUUCAGGAAUUCAAAGAAGCUGCACGAAUAGCAAAGGAAAAAUCCCAUGAAAAGAUGGAGCUAACAAGUACACCCUCUCAAGAAUCAGCUGGAGGGGAUAUUCAGUCUCCUUUAACUCCAGAAAGUAUUAACGGGACAGAUGACGAGCGAGCGAUGCCAGAAGUGACGCAGAACUCAGAACCAAGGGCUGAACCAACCCAGAACGCAUUGCCAUUUACCCAUAGUUCGACAAUCAGCAAGCAUUGGGAGGCAGAACUGGCCACGCUCAAGGGUAAUAACGCCAAGCUCACAGCAGCCCUGCUGGAGUCCACUGCCAAUGUGAAACAAUGGAAACAGCAACUUGCUGCAUAUCAGGAGGAAGCAGAACGUCUUCAUAAGCGGGUGACUGAGCUAGAGUGUGUGAGCAGUCAAGCCAAUGCAGUCCACACACAUAAAACAGAAUUAAACCAGACAAUACAGGAGUUAGAGUCUACACUGAAGAAAAAAGAAGAGGAAAUAGAAGGAUUGAAGCAAGAAAUUGAAAAUGCCAGAGAGCUCCAGGCGCAAAGGGAUUCUCUGACCCAGAAGUUACAGGAAGUAGAAAUUCGAAACAAAGACCUGGAAGGCCAGCUGUCUGAUCUAGAGCAACGUCUGGAGAAAAGUCAGAAUGAGCAAGAAGCUUUUCGCAAUAACUUGAAGACACUUUUAGAAAUUCUUGAUGGAAAAAUAUUUGAACUCACAGAAUUACGAGAUAACUUGGCCAAGCUAAUAGAGUGCAGUUAAAGAAAAUGGGAUUUCAGUGCCAAUCAGCUUAAAGAUGCACUGUCUCUCUUCAUAGGACUGUGUUGGGCUCUGCAUCAAAGUUGCGCAAAAUUAGAAAAUGCUCCUCUGAGAGGGAUUGUUUUAAAUUUGAUUUGUAAUUCAAUGUAAAAUUUAGAACUCAGCUUGUAGCCAGUUGAAGAAAAAAAUAACAAACAAAAAAACCACUUGAAUUGCAAAUUACCUCCUUUUAUAUUAUUGGCCACAAAUAACUUGAAAGAUGCUAACAAUAAUUGAAUGCAAUCCUUUUCUAAUUAUCAGUGAUGGAAGACUUAGCAGUGUCCCAGGACACACCCCAUUUGUGACAGAUACAAUAUAGGUUAUUGGCUGUUUUAUUUAAGAUAUUUAAAUGCUGUGUUUUGUGCAAGAACUCAGUGAUGACAGCCCUGUAUUUUGUUGUUCUUAAUAAUUUCUCAGGAUAUGUUGCACUGUGGAGAAGCAGUGCCAGAACCAAUUUAUUCUUGCAAGGAACGAGAGAGAGUUGCAUCUUUAAUUGAAACAAAUUUACUACAACUGCUUGUAUAAACUUCUUCCUUUUUGUUUUUUUGGGGUUGGUUGACUGGUUGGUUUUUUGAUUUUUUAAUAGCUAUGCGUAUAUACUGGAAGAUACGGUAUUUCUUUAUGGAGCUUACUCUGGUGUUCUACAAUAUUGUCCAAUGUAAGGUUUAGUUUUUCAAAUGAAUUCCAUGUAAUUACAGUGAGACAGUAUCUUCCACGUAACUAAAUUUUGAAGCCAACCAGUGAUGGAAGGUGAGUCCUACAAGAAAAAAAAAAAUGCCCAACCUCCCCUGAGAAUUUUAAAUGUAAAUUUAAAAUUUUAAAUUUAACCUGCACAGAUAACAAGGAACGGCCAAACAAGGUUGUUUGUUUUCUGGCCUUGAUACUUACAUUGAACAUUCAAUUUGCUGUUAACCUGUUCUGCAGGAGACUUUUUCAGAAUGUCACAUGAAAUAGAGGUUCUGUGAAUAAUGGCUUCUGGGGAGCACUGUUUUGUUAUAGAUUGCAUUAAGGGCAUAGAGCUACUGCAAGGAGUUGUUCGUACACUGAGUGUGUCUAGCCAAAAAGGCUGUUUCUUGAAGUUCUGUUGUCAUAGCAAAUUGAACUGAAGACGUGUUUCCUCUUUUAUGGGUCUUCAUAUCACGUCUUUAUCAAAACUACACCAGGCAAUAUUCUGAACUGUUAACUAAGUGUUUAAAAACAGGAAAAUGAAUUUAAUUAUCCUCAGUGAGCAGGUUUUAAAGUUGUUUUGAAGUAAUUUUAGCAGACUUUUGGCAAACACACACUUCUUUAUAUAAUAGAUUUAUUUUAAAAAACCAACUCUUUGAAAGGUAAGCCAAUUGUCAUGUGUCUUGCAUCACAGUGCAUUCUUGCCAUAAAUUGCUUGUAAUGCUGAAGAGGGCUUUUUUAAAAUGUGUGAAUGAGUGUCAGACCUCAGAGUUGAGAGAUGCACGAACCUUUGUUUGCUCCCCAAAUUAAUUUGAAUGUUAAACAUGAAAUCUAGCUGCUUAUUAAAUUUGUACAACACAGUUUUCUUCACUUAGAGACUGAUACUCAAAACUAGAAAAUAUAAGUUUGUUUUCAUGUAUGUACUGUGUGUAUAUACCAUAUAAUACACACGGGUUGUCAUUUAUAUUGGAAAGACAUGCUUUAUUUCUAAAAUACCUUUUUAUUUUCCCUUAACUGAUGAUUUAUCAGGUCUCCCCUGACUAGUCAGGGAAGUGGCUUAGGUUAAAUGCUAAACUGUCAUGUAUUAUAUGGUAUGUGAUAUACACAAUGUUUACGCUUUCUCCAUAUUUUUUAGGGUAUUUUCUCACAUUUAUUAAAGGGGUGGGGGGAGCUUGUUUCAUUGUGCUACUGGUUGAAAACUUUGUGGUGAGCUACAUGUUUAUCAUUCAGGGGAUUUUAGACAGUGGUGUGUAUAUCUUCAUCAGGUCCAUGUGAGCAGAUACAGCCAGUUUUUAAUUUUCCUGGGGAUAUUUGGGCCUGAUUCUCCUGUCACUUGUGCUGCUGUAAACCAGAUGUGUCCUUGAUGUGAUGUCAGCAACAUUCUGUUGGCAUAACAUCUGUGGAAGUGCAAGGAGAAUUUGGCCUGUUAAUGCUCAGUGGACAUAAUAAGGAUGAAGAAAGAAUAAAAAAACAUAAAGUAAAUGAUGGAAUAAAUGUAAUAUUAUUUUUAAUGAUACUAUUAUUGACAUUUUUAAAGAUAUGAUGUCAUAUGUGUGGGAAAAAAUAGUGGACAGAAAUAUUUCCACUUAAAUUUUGUGAAUAUGUGUGGUACAUGAGCAUUUCUAUGUAUAAGUACACACACAUAUGUAUAUACAGAACAUGGAAAAAAUUUAGAUGUGCACAUUUUUAAUAUUUUCCUAUUGAAAUUAAAUUUAAAAUUGGAAAUUGAUAUUUGAGAAUUUCUUUUUCUCAUAGAAUAGAUAAGCUUCAUUUCUUUUUUUUUUUUAAUAAUACAAAUACUGAGGGCUGCACCUUUGAAUUCCCAAAUACUUGCCAAACAUAAAUAUGGGAUGAGGUGGACAUAAGUGCACAUAUAAAUAAAAUCCUAUGUCUAAGACUAUUUUUAAUGCUUAUGUACAGUAGGCAGGUGUUUAGAAAUUGUGAUCUAAAGUUCUUAGGUGGCUAUACCUACUGUAGUCUCUUCACUUCUGUUUUAAGGUAAAGGUUUUCCCAUUUGAAACAUUACUGUCCCAGAGACAAGUACUGUACAUUGUAUCUAUCUUUAAUGAAACUAUGGGAAUAUGUAUGCAAGAAAACAGUGUUCAGUACUGUAGCCUGAAAACAUGACCGUGAACUUGCACUGGAGGGGAGAGCAGUCACUGUGUAUAAUAUGUUACAUGGCAACUACAGUCUUGAAAAAAAAGCCAGAAAAACAACAAAAGAAUUACCAUAAGCCUCACAGAAAUACAGAAAUAGAAAAAAAAAAAAAGAGAGAGAAAAAAUAAAUCAAACCCACAGUUUUUUAUUUUGAAAUACACUUGUGAUUAUCUGGAGAAUGUACUACUCUUUUUUUUUUUUUUCCCUUAAAUCUUUUUCGAGUAUGUGCAAGUGAUAGCAGCAGCUACCUUAAUCUUUCAGGUGCUACUGGAUUUUGCAUUAGCGUGUUAUGUUGUGAAAUCCUGACUUUGACAUAAAAGAUUUUUGUAAGUAUAUCCCCGUCUGGAUAGAUAGUUUUUGGAGUGUAUUGUUCAUAAUCCAUAUGCCUCAAUGAUCCAGAAAUUGCGUUUUUCUAUGUGAACAAAGUAAAACAUGUGAAUUAAACUGUCCAUUAUAGACUGGGAGUUCCUUUUCCUGGCCAAUAUAUCCAGGAAAGAGGAGAACAAAAUGAACUGAUAAUGCAGAAAUGCUGUUAUAAGGUCUCUAAGAAAAUACAUUUUCAGGUAAAAUAUAAAUAAAUAAAUAAAUAAAGGGCUAAA